AAUCACGGAGGAGAUAUAUCCUCCUUAUUCUCCCUGGACCACUUGUCCUCCCCAUCUGAUGCUGCUGCUGCUGCUGCCGAUGAUGGUGAUGAUGGUGAUGCUCUAAACGCAACCUGCGUGAUUCUCCUCCGGUAAAGGCCAGCUCCCUGCUAAUGCCUCUUAUUCGGCUGUCGAGACACCAGUGCGAACUGAAAAGAUGCAGGAUUGCCAUUCUUUCUUGUCCAAAAUGUUUUAUGGGCAUCACGACACACCAUUCCCAUUGCGGAAAUAAGGGUCGAUGUUAAGGGCUUCACUUGUUUGACAUUCAACCAGCGACAGAAUGAUCGAGGAAGGCAGUAAACGAGGCAAGGCCAUGGUGGAGAAGAGACAGCUCUUCAUGGAAAUGAGAGCUCAAAACUUCGAUGUUAUCAGACUGUCAACUUACAGGACGGCCUGCAAACUGCGGUUUGUGCAGAAGAGAUGCAACCUUCAUCUGGUGGAUGUCUGGAACAUGAUUGAAGCCUUUCGUGACAACGGGCUCAACACAUUGGACCACAACGCUGAGAUCAACGUGUCGCGGCUGGAGACUAUACUGUCUUCUAUCUACUACCAGCUCAACAAGCGGCUGCCCACCACCCACCAGAUCAAUGUGGAGCAGUCCAUCGGGCUGCUGCUCAACUUCAUGGUAGCCACCUACGACAGUGAAAGCCAUGGGAAGCUGACCGUUUUCUCAAUGAAAUCCAUGCUGUCAACAAUGUGUGGAGGGAAAAUUGUGGACAAACUACGCUAUAUUUUCUCACAGAUAUCUGACUCAAGUGGAAUCAUGAUGUUUGCAAAGUUUGAUCAGUUUCUUCGGGAGGUGCUGAAACUCCCCACAGCCGUGUUCGAGGGUCCUUCUUUUGGCUACACGGAGCAUUCGGUGCGGACGUGCUUUCCUCAGCAGAAGAAGAUUAUGCUGAACACGUUUUUGGAUGUGUUAAUGGCAGAUCCUCCCCCUCAAUGCCUCGUGUGGCUACCGCUCAUGCACCGACUUGCUAAUGUUGAAAAUGUCUUCCAUCCAGUGGAAUGUUCAUAUUGCCGGAGCGAGAGCAUGAUGGGUUUCCGAUAUCGGUGCCAACAGUGCCAUGGCUACCAGCUCUGCCAGAGCUGCUUCUGGCGUGGCCAUGCCAAUGGUCCCCAUAGCAACCAGCACCAGAUGAAGGAACACUCAUCUUGGAAGUCUCCGGCCAAAAAGCUGAGCCACGCAAUCAGUAAAUCUCUAGGCUGCGUCCCCAUUGGUGAGCCGCCACAUCCUGUGUUCCCCGAACAGGCCGAGAGACCACAGGAACUCACCCAUACUGUUCAGCCGAAACCAGUGGCCAACAACAUGAACGACACAAUGCUCAUGUCCUCUGGGGCACCUACUCCUACCAAAAGUGUCUUGGAGAGUCCCAGCCGUCUAGAUGAAGAGCACCGCCUCAUCGCUCGAUACGCUGCCCGCCUGGCAGCCGAGGCGGGCAACUCCACACAACAAUGUCCUCCAACAGAUCUGGGUUUCAACUUUGAUGCCAAUAAGCAACAGAGACAGCUGAUCGCAGAGCUGGAGAACAAAAACAGGGAGAUCCUCCAGGAGAUCCAGCGGCUGCGUUUGGAGCACGAGCAGGCCUCUCAGCCGACCCCAGAAAAAGCCCAGCAGAACCCCACACUUCUGACUGAACUGCGGCUCCUCAGACACAGGAAGGACGAGCUGGAGAGGCGCAUGUCGGCCCUGCAGGAGAGCAGACGGGAGCUGAUGGUGCAGCUGGAGGGACUCAUGAGGCUGCUAAAGGAUGAGGAACAGAAGCAGGCUUCCCAGUCUGGAAGCUCCCCUCAUUCCUCCCCUAGUCACGGUGCAGGUUGCUCCAUGCCCAUGCCCAUUCGCUCCACCUCAGCUGGGUCCACCCCGACUCACACACCACAGGACUGCCUGGCAGGGGUGGGAGGGGACGUUCUUGAGGCCUUUGCUCAGGGUGUACCUAGAAAUCUUCGGAAUGAUCUAUUAGUUGCUGCUGACUCAAUCACAAACACCAUGUCAUCACUGGUGAAAGAGCUCCACUCAGUUGAUGACGUGGGAGUGGAAGAGGAAACCAACAUGAGGAACGGUGGGGACAGAGGCACAUUAAGAGUACAGAAGCACUGAAGACAAGAGAACACCAUUCCACCCUGUAAGGACAUACAGUCAUCAACUGGGAAGAAUCAGUAACAGUAACAACAACAACAACAACAACAACCACCCCUGGCAUUAGCACGUAGAGUAAUGCAUGCUGUAAUCUAACAAGAUUUCACUAUGUGAAAAAAACGUCUCUUCACACCUUGCAGGUAGCAAGAUGUGUCUAAUUAGCGAGUGUGUAUGUUGUCCUGUAAACAAAAACUGCUGUAAUUACCCAAUGAUUUCCCUCAUGACUGCUAAGGAAUGGCUUGCUGUGCUCCCCCCCCCCCCAACUGUUCCAUUGCAGCAGAUCAUUCUGUAUAUAAAAUACUGCAAACACAUGACCACGGGAACGCCCCGACAUGAAGGUGACAAUAUGUUCCCAGUUGUUGCUUUUGUAUGAUUAGCGCUAGUAUUUUUUUUUAAUCCUUUUUUUUAUCAUUUCUGCAUGAAGUUGCACUCAAAUCUGGAUUUAGGUACUGUACCACGCUAUGCCAGCUCUCUGUGGGAUUUAUGAUGACAGCUGGGGUGUCAGAAGUCUCACGCCGAGUGUGUUUACUCGCACAAUCAUAUUCUGAAGUUUGUUAAAAACAAAGCAGAACUCUGGAUAUGCUACAGUGUCAAUUAAUAAUUGUUUUGGGUAAUACACUACAAUUUGCCUACUGGCUAGGAGUUGGAUGAGAUCGAUGGCAUUCUCAUAUUUGUGCAUCAAAUGUGAAGCUGGAGCCAGAAGAUUAGAAGAAGGAGGUUAUCUUAACUUAGCAUAAAGACUGAAUUGGGGAAACAACUAGCCUGGCUCUGUCGAAAUGUAAAAUAAAGUGACUUCUUGGAGCCCUGCAGUCACAGCUAGGGUGCCUGAUAACCAGCGGCGAUUCACUCACCCAGCUUGUUUGCUUUCUUAGCAAGAGUUAGAUGAUAUCUGUACGCUGAAUAUGAAGCUUCCACCAGCAGCCUGUUAGCUUAGCUUAGCAUAAAGGCUGAAAACAUCUAGCUUUACUCUGCACAGAGGUAACAAAAUCCACCUACUAGCGCCUCUAAAGCUCACUAGUUAACAUUUUAUAUCUUGUUUGUUUAAUCCGUACAAAAACCAAAGCGUAAAAACAACAAGUUGUGGUGUUACAUGAUGUCACAUGCUGGACUAUUUCUUGGCCGAGCACGGUGACUUCCUGGAGUCAUGUUGUUAAAGUGAGGCUGACAGGCAAAACCACAACUUGUUGUUAUUACACUUUGUUUUUAUACAGAUUAAACAAAAGGAGAUAUAGCCAGGCAAGCUCCUUUCCCCUGUUCCCAGUCUUUAUGCUAAGCUAAGCUAUCUGCUUGCUGUAGCUUUACAUUUACUUACAGACAUGGGAGUGGUAUUGAUGUUCUUAUCUAACACUCUGAAAAAGAGUAAAUACGCUUUCUCACACAAUGUUGAACUAUUCCUUUAAUCAUUUAAAAAAAAAUAAAAAAUUAGGAGACAGUUGUGUUUCCAUUAUAAUAUUCUUUCCAUGACUGUGUGCAGGGCUAUCUGUUAUUACAGUAUAAAGACGCACAUAGGCAACUUAUCUCCAUGCAGACCUUAAACAGGAAUAAUAGGUGGCAUUCAGAAUACUGCAUGCAUGUAAACACACUCAGUGAGUCACAUACUGUACUGCUGCUACUGUGCUCUCGUCGAGCCACCCUUCCAAAUAAGAGGGCUGUGCGAUUAAAGGAAACCAAGGGGCCACUACAAACACAAUGAGCCCAGUUGUUGUUUCCUGCCUGUGAAAACCUAACUGAACACACCUGACUAGCUGGCAGCCUCAGUAUUUAUUGUUUUAAAGUGUAGGGAAGCACCUCAGGAUGUUUAAAUAGUAAUGAAUAAGGCAUAGGCUCACAAAAUGAGCAAUUACACAGUAUGCGAGGAUGUAAGGUCGUAGUAAGCAAAGUAGGAAAUGCUUUGAUAGCUUUAUCUAGUUAAUAAAGUGAUAUUGAACAUGUGUAUGUGCAAUGAAGGUUGGUGCUCAGGGACUACAGAGCUACUCUAGUUAAAAUAUGGUGGUAUUGUCCUUUGACUGCUAGAUGUUAUUGGCCACAGACGGAGAGGUUAAAGGUCAAUGAUGAUUAAAAAUGGAGUUUCAUUCCAAAACACAACCACUGUUGUUCACAAAUAAAACUUGAUUGUGGUCCCUGCUGUAAGAUUUAGUUGAAACUUCCUAAUGUAGUUCAUUUUACGCUAAUUUCACCAGUCAGUUUGUAAAUUGGAAUUGGAAUGAAACUCUUUAAAUAAAUACAGGAAAACAACAGCAAGUGAUUAAAUGCUAGUUAAAGAAUGUGGAUCAUUAGGAGAGGUUUUUCUUAAGUGCUAUUUGGUGAAGCAUGUUGUUGGAUAUAGUUUUGUCUGUGUGUGAAUUUGUGUCUUUCACAGGAAAGCAAAGACAUCUGUUUGUUACAGAGGUAGCUGUCAACCAGAGAGGAUGUUUAUUCAGAGUAAGGUCUAAGUCACCUUUACAUUUUUGUCUUCUGGUUCAAUGUUUUUUGUCCUUCAGGGUAGCCAUUCAUCUCAAAAAAUGAGCAAUGUUUGGUUUUUAGUGAAUGCAAUGUGAUGAAGGUCUGGGAGCAGUUUUGGAGUAAAAUGUUCAGCUCUCAAAGGAAGUUAAACCUGACUGAAUCAAACUAAAAAGCAUGAACGUUUGUUUUGAGAUCUGUACAGUAAGCCUAUCCUCUAAGCUAUAAGUAUAAGGUUUCAACAACCUGUUACACUGUGUCAAGACAAAGAACAAAAAGAGGCUCCUUUGUUACAUUUUAAAUGUGAUGUUUUUAUUCAGUUCUUUGUUCUCCUCUAUAUUAUCAUUAUUGUUUAGUAUUAGUGGAGUAUAGUCAAUGUAAUGAGUUUGUCAAAACGGAGAAUCACAUGCACACUUGUGCUUGCAUUGUCACCCAAGAUCUAAAUAAUAUGAAGAAAGCAGUAACACUGAAGUACCGUAAUCAACAAAAAAAAACGUUCAGCGGAAAAAGGUCCGGAAAUGAAUCAAAUUCAGAGGUUAAAAUGUAAAGAAUUACUGUCUUCCCCUUCAUUCUGGCCACACAUUUGCAUUCAAGUUUCUUUUCAUUCUUUCAGUUUGUGCCUGUAGCUGUUCUGUAAAAGUGCUGUAUAAAGUUACCAUUCAACAAAUAAGAUGAUCUAUCAACCUUUAGGUCUGUGACUUUGUAGAGAUUUUAUUUAUUUAUUUAAUGUGUUCUGGGGGAAUCUCAAGCUCAGCCUUUACAUUUGUGCCAAACUGUUUGCAGACAUUGUGUGUCAUACAAAUGACAGGUAUAUAUCAAAGUAUAUCUGUAUUAGUAUGGUGUUGUUGCCCAUAGUUUAUUCACAGAAUGCCUGGAGAUGUUCACAGUAAAUGGUUUCCACUGCUGGAAAAAAAAAAAAAAAAAAUGUAAUAAUUAAUAAAGACAAACAACACAUUCCAAAUCUACUGAUAGACUCACUCAUAGCCAACAUGGAGGCAGUAUACCCAGUCAGAACAACUCGGUGUAACACAAAUACAACAGCCGGUCAUACAGAGGUGCAUACAUUGUGAUCCUUUUAUUGUUUGCAGAGAGGCAAUGUACAAAGAGGAACAACCUUGACGGCAACGCUCCCCUGAUGUUAUUUAUCUAUGUAUGUGUUCUGUAUGGUUAUGCUUCUGGUACACAUUUGUUUCUCGUGUUGAUUUUACAAAACAUCGUUUUAUGUCACAAAGCCACUGUCUUUUGUAAAUAAAUCAAAUGUGAGAUAUAUUAAAAAGAUUUAAAAUAUG